AUGUCUACAAACGUUUUUUCAUAUAUGAGAGGGGAAAUAAAAGACUUUAAUACUUAUCAUAAGAAUAUCCGGGUAAAGAUCGAAGGGUUGAAUGAAGAUAUCGUGAGGGUUUUUCUUGUGGAUGAGAAUGAUGAUCAAAUUGUAAUUACAGAAAACAUAGUUUUUAUAAAUGCAACGACUAAAAAAGAAAUUUCAGCUGUAGACGUUAAGGGUAAAAAAAGUUAUCUCAUAACUUGGAUAUAUAGCUACGAGUUAUCUGUAGAUGGUGAAAAAAUUUUUAUGCUAAGACAACAGAAAGAGCAACGUGAUCCAAAAGAAGAUUUAGAAAGAGAUAAACGAAAACGUUUAAAAGGACAGUAUAUCGAA